AUGUCGGCGCAGGAGACCGUGCUGGGGCACUCCCUCUCCAGCGCCGCCUUGAUCUCGUCGACCACAUCGAACCCUCUGAUGGAGUUGCGGUUGGGGUUGGAGAGCUUCUCGCUCACGAUGCUGGGGCUGCUGUCCAGCAGGACCGACGCGUCGCAGCCCUUUAUAAAGAAAACACGACACCAAAUGAGGCUACCAAACAUGGGUUCCCUCCAAUCAUCAAUCAUCAUCAGCUGGCUAGCUGGCUAGCGAGAGAGAGAGAGAGAGGGAGAGAGCGGGGACCUUGACGAAACAGUCGUGGAAGUGCAGCCUAACGAGGGACGCGGCCAUGCGGGCCUCCCGGGCGACGGCCUGGGCCACCACGGACCUCACAAUCUCCUUAGCCUUGGGGCAGGACCGGUCGUAG